CUCCCGGGGACCACGCGGUUGCCAGGGCUACGGCGUGCGCUGUGGAAGCCGAGAGGCAGCGACUGCCGAGGCGCGGCGGCGGGCGCGGCGAGCGGAGAGCAUGAGGAGCCGGUGUCUGUGUCAGAUUUGUACCUGCGGGCGUCAUCAUUGUCCACAUGGAAACACAAGGAUUUAUGAAAAUGCUGGCGUGUUUUGCCCCACAACUGAAUAUUUGGAAAAAUACCCUAUAUAUGGCAAUGUUCUUCCACCUCAGAGCCUUAAACCCAAGGAAGAAUUUCGAGCAUGCCGUGGUAAAAUGGAAGGAAUAACUACGUUUAAGUCGGAUUAUCGUCCUUAUGAAAUAGUCAAACCGCCUCGCCACGUACCAGAAGAAUAUAAACCGAAACAGGGGAAGAUUGAUCUUGGCACCACCUACAAACGAGAUUUUAAUUCUUAUAAAAUACAGCCUGUGGCAAUAGUCCGCCCUUUGGAAAGACAACAAGUUAAAAAAGGAAAAUUGGACACUGUCCCAACCUAUAAAGAUGAUUAUAGAGCGUGGGACAUUCAGAAAAGUGAACUUUAUAAACCAGAACAAACUUACCACCCCCCUACUGUGAAAUUUGGAAAUUCAACUACGUUUCAGGAUGACUAUGUUCCUCGGGAAAUAAAACUCAGGCAAAGCUUUAAACCGUCCUCUGUGGUCAAACGUUCGAUGGUCCCUUUUAGUGGUGAUACCAGUUAUUGCCUUGAUUACGUACCUCAUCAGCUAGAAUUAAAGUUUGAAAGGCCAAAAGAAGUUUACAAACCAACUGACCAACCCUUUGAAGAUCUCACAACUCACCGGAAUGACUUUCAGGGUCUUGCUGGUGAAACUGCAAAAAUCUGCAAACCUGCAUAUACCAGAGUGACCCAAAAUGCUCAGUUUCAAGGAAGCACUGAAUUCCGUGAAAGUUUUCAAUCGUGGGAAAUCCCACCACCUGCAGCCAAGAGAGUGUGGGAGUACGUGCCCCCUACGGGAAGCAUGGAGCUGAACAGCACAAGCCAUCUAGACUACGUUCCCUAUCAGGCCAGUCCCGUUCUUCCCAUCCGGCCAGUUUCUCGUAGAAGAAGUAACAAUUUUCCUUUCCAAGGAAAAAGCACCCUGAAGGAAGAUUUUCCAGCAUGGGAAAAUUGCCGUCAAGGCCUUAUUAAGAAGCAGCAGCAGAUCCCCAACCCAUCUGGAAAAUUUGACGGUUUGAGCACUUUCAGAUCUCACUAUGUGCCACAUGAAUUGAUUCCAACAGAGAGUUGCAAACCUUUAAAUGUUACUGUUAAGAGUUCUGUUCCAUUUGAUGAUGUAACCAUGUACUCUACAGAGUACACACCGAAGAAACAGGAAAUCUGCCCGGCUAGUUAUCCUUCUCCUCCUGGUUAUAUAUUUGAAAACACAAACGCCCAAGGUCAUAAAUUCUUCCGCAAGGUCACUCCUGCAGUGAAGGCCUUCUAAUCAUCAAAUUGUGCUUAAAAGGACGCUAACUAGCAAAGUGUUGGUUUUUUAAGGGAAAUCCCAAUUUUUAUAGUGAGAAAAAUUUUUGAGAGGUAUAAUAAAUUAUUUUUUAGGUUUUAAACAAGAAAAUUGGAAAAUGUAUCAUAGGAGAUCAGAAUCUUAAAAUCCAUUUGCAUUGACAUUUUAAUCAAGAUUGUUCUUUAAUAUGCAUUUUUCAAGGUUGAAUAAUGUACAUUCUCCUGUGAACUAUUUUAAUACCCAACAUACUCUUUUUUUUUUUUUUUUUUGAGACAGAGUCUCACUUUGUUGCCCAGGAUAG